AUGUGUGGUAGAACCGCAACAUCCCUCUGUGCCGAAGACGUGUGCUCAGCAUGCACCUACCACGACAAAACAACCUCCACACUCAAAAAACCCGAAUGGAGACACGAGCACAACUUUGGGAAAACCUACGCACCCUCCACAAACCUUGCACCGACCGACAUAUCCCCAGUUCUAAUAUCAGCAUCACAUUACGGUGAAGAAGAUGGUAAUAGUCGUAUAAUCGUGCCUAUGAUGUGGGGCAUGAUACCGCCUUGGCAUAAGGGUGAUUAUAAAACACACGGGUUGACUACGAAUAAUUGCCGGUUGGAGAGUAUGUUGCAGUCUAAAUUGUAUGGACCGGCUUUCCGGAACGGGCAGAGAUGUGUUGUGCUUGCUGAUGGUUUUUAUGAAUGGCAAACUGAAGGUGAUAAAAGUAAAUUGAAGACACCGUACUACAUAUAUUUACCACAGGACAAAGAGUCUACCAAUUCUUGGUCCGGUGUCAACUUACUAAAGCUUGCAGGCUUGUUUAAUGUCUGGUCUGAUCAAAAUGGUGACAAAAUGUACAGUUACUCAAUUAUCACUUUAGAGUCCAACGAUACUUUAUCCUGGUUGCACCACAGAAUGCCGGUGAUUUUUGAUAAUGACAAAGAUGUUGAAACGUGGUUGAAUUAUAAAAAGUUUUCCAAAAAUGAGGCUCUGGCAGUGUUGAAGCCUUGUUGUAAGCUCAAGUGGCACGAGGUUGAUCCGAUGGUUAAUAAUUCUAGGAAUAAAUCGGAUAAGUGUAAUAAGCCUGUUGAUAAAAGUAAAAGUAAAAAGAGUAGUUUUAUGGAUAAUUGGUUGCAAGGGGCUUCGAAGAAGAGGACGUCUGAGGGUGGGGAUGGGUUGGAUAAGAAAGUUAAAUUAGAGAAGUAA